CAGUGCGCAUGCGUUUCACGCUCAGCGUCGUUUCGUCCAUCUCACCCUGACAGCGGACUUCAUUCACCCAACCAAAGAACUCACCGACCCCGUCUAUCCACCAUCCAUUCAUUCAUUCAUCCCGUGCAAGUGUGAAGAUGCUGGCGUGUACAGAGAUGAUCACGAUGUGUCUGCAAUCGGCCAAGCGGCAACACCUCAGCAAACAGCAGCAGCAGCAGCAGCAGGAGUGUGAUCACAACCACAACCGCACCGCAUCGCUUUUCCACGAUAUAUUUCGCCGGGCGGACAAAAAUGAUGACGGGAAGCUGUCCUUGGAGGAGUUCCAGUCAUACUUCAAUGACGGGGUCCUCACAGAUGAGCAGAUGCAGGAGCUUUAUCGCUCCAUCGACAGACAGAAUGCCGAGAACAUGGACAUCGACAAACUGUCAGAGUACUUCAGUCCACAUGUGGGAGAGUACAUCAACGUGCUGUCUGCGCUUGAGAAGCUAAAUGUGGCUAUUUUAAAGGCAAUGGAUAAAACUAAAGAGGAGUAUCAAGGCUCUUCGGUGCUGGGUCAGUUUGUAACACGCUUCCUGCUUCGGGAAACCUCCACCCAGCUGCAGUCCCUGCAGUCAUCACUAGACUGCGCUAUGGAGGCCGUCCAUGAUCAAGGCUGCACAGGGAGAAGGUCCGUGAAGAAGCCCGAGGACCUGCCCAUCCAGAGGGUCUCCAAACGGCGCAUCCAGAAGAACAUGUGUCUCUCCCCGACAGACCCUUACUCCGGCAUGCUGACCACAGGGGUCAGCGUGGAGUCCGACUACCACUGGGGAGCCCAGGUCGGCCAAUUGGAGCAGCUCAUAGACAAGCUGGAGUGUGAGAGUCCGCAUCUCGAACCCCUUAAAGAAGACACGCUGGCAGGGACAUAUAAAUCGAACAUCCUCCUGGUCCAAAGACAAAUGUCAGUGAAGGAAUGUGAUGUGGAAAAGUUCCAGCAUGCUCUGAAGAGCUACACGGAGGCCAGCAGCGGACAGCAAAACAACCUGCACAUUUCCGUCCAGAACUUGCCCGACAGAUCAUGCUUCAUCAUGUACGAAUUUUGGCAAGAUCGUCUCUCCUGGAUGAGCUUCCUGCAAUCAUCCAUCAGUAAGACGUUUCAACGCUGCGUGAUCGACUCAUUGGAGGAGCAAGAGAUCAUCUCUACCAUGCUCCUUCCAGCUUCCUGGUGGAUUAUGAACAACAACUGACGCAGCGACGCUUCUUCAGAUCGGCACCAAUGGGGAACAAAGGGGAUUAUUGUUGUUGUUUGUUGUUGCUCUCUUCUGUAAAUUCUGAUUUUCCUUAAGGCGUGAUGGGCAGAAGGAACGUGCUUCAAGGUCCAAAAAAAAAAAAAAAAAAAGAAAGAAAAGGACAUGAAUAGAAUGGAGUGCAACAUUUUAUGGAGCGAUCAGCAUCAGUGCUGAUGUGGUACUUUUCUUACUCCUGAUUUAAUAGAAGCACAAGAAAUUGGAACAGGGGGGAAAAAAAAAAGAAUUGCAUGAUUUCUUAUAACUGUUGUUCUCAUCUUACAUUUUAAAUAGAUAAAACGCCAACCAGUCAUCAUGUUUUCCCUUAAUACAGGAUGCAACAGAAAGAGUAAAUAACAUGUGAAUUUGAUUUCAUUUUGUCCUCUUUGUGAUGUGGUGCGCUGUCGUCUCUUUAUCUAGCUCACAUCUAACUGCUGGUAGGAAAAAAAAAACCUCUUGGUCAAGAAUAGGACUCAAUAAUAAAAAUAUGUAACAAAAUAUACAGUAUAUGUGAUACAAAAAAUGUCCACCUCUAUCUAAACUCUGUCACUCUUGCACUUUAGUAAACCUCGACCGACCUAUAUUUGUUCAAAAUUAUACAUUUAUCGUAGAUCGUAAAUGUAUCUUCAACAAGAAUGUCACUUUAAAUAGAAUAUCAAUUGCAUAUCCAAAUUACAUGAGCGUCAAGCGCCAGUAUUUUACAGUUGCGUGUGUAACCAUGCAGGCAGGAGACAUGCAAAUAAAUGUUUUGUUUAUAUAUUUGGAGCAGGACGUUUUCUGUAUGAUGACGUAAGAGAAUAGAAGUCCAUUGUGUACAGUCGUCAUGUGUAAGUAAUAUAGUUGAAGAUUCAGAAAGUCCAAUGUACAGUGUGAUGGUUACUCCUUAUGAAAUUUGACAAACAGGCAUUCUCACGGUCCAUGCAUGAUACGUCAUCGAAAGACAAGUAAUGCACGGACUGUCCCCCCCUCCCCCCUAGCAAUAAUGUGAACUUGGUAUGUAUCAUUUGUUUUUUUUGGCAUGAAAUAAAAUCAAUGACAUGCACAAAA